AUGCAGCCUGGCGUGUCAGCCACACGGUGCGGUGAUGCCGUAAGGCCGUGCCCAGCAGCAGAGCUGGCGGGCAGCGCAGUGCGGUGCCGCGCGCUGUUCGUGGUGGCCGGAGGCUGCUGUGCUUUGCUGCCAGCUCAGCGCACGCUGCCCGUCCUGUCGCCGGCACUGCCUGGCACUUGUCACUCUCUUGUCCUCGUUACGGUCCUGCGAAUUGCCCAUAGUAGACGUAUUUAUCUCUUGGAUUUAAUCUACAUCGAUUCUGCAUAUCCCGCUUCAGGCAGCAUUAUGGAGAAUGAACAAAGAUCCAAUCAAAUGAACAAUAUUCUCCGAAUAAUAGCUGAUCUGCAAGUCUCCUGUAACUAUGAUCAUCUUACAACACUGCCCCAUGUGCAAAAGUAUUUGAAGUCUGUUCGUUACAUUGAAGAACUUCAGAAAUUUGUAGAAGAUGAUAACUAUAAAUUAUCAUUAAGAAUUGAGCCAGGUAACAGCUCUCCUCGACUGGUUUCCUCCAAAGAAGAUCUUGCAGGCCCUUCUUCCCAGGCAGCGGCUGAACGUUGCCUCAGGAGACCCACGUGUCCCGAUGCCUCAGUAGCAGCAAGUCUACCUACACCUCCUGUACCAAGGCACAGGAAGAGUCACAGCCUGGGAAACAACAUGAUGUGUCAGCUCAGCGUGGUGGAGAGCAGAAGUGCCACUUUCCCGACGGAGCGGCCGCGCCAUCUCCUGGAUGACAGCGUCCUGGAGCCGCACAGCCCGGCCCGCGGCCACGUGCUGAGCUCGCUCUUCUCCAACGGCCUUUCCAUAGAUAGCAGUGAAAGCUCAGAAUUUAGUGAGGAGCUGCCAUCAGGGCUUGAAAGGGGUCGUUUAUAUGCCACAUUGGGGCCUAACUGGAGGGUACCGAUCCGGAGUUCUCCUAGGAGUCGAAGCUGUGUCUACAGCCCAACAGGGGCCUGCAGCUGCACCUUAGGUGGUUCCACAGGAGUCAUUACCAUGGAAGGGCCAUUAAGAAGAAAAACAUUGCUCAAAGAAGGCAAGAAACCUACUCUCUCCUCAUGGACUAGGUACUGGGUUAUGCUUUCAGGAUCAACUCUUCUGUACUUUGGAGCAAAAUCUUUAAGAGGCACUGAAAGAAAACAUUAUAAAUCUACACCUGGUAAAAAAGUCUCCGUUGUGGGCUGGAUGGUGGCACUGCCUGACGACCCUGAGCAUCCUGAUAUUUUCCAGCUAAAUAAUCCUGACAAAGGCAAUGUUUACAAGUUCCAGACGGGUUCAAGGUUUCAUGCAAUAUUAUGGCAUAAGCAUUUGGAUGAUGCAUGCAAAAGCAACAGGCCUCAGGUACCUGCUAAUCUAAUGUCAUUCGAAUAA